AGAGAUAGAGGCUCGCAGAGUGGAGAGCAGGUCUGCAGUCUGAAUCUUGGCGUCGCGCAGACCCCGAGACGACGCUUCGUGGCCGCUCGCUGCGAUAGAUGCUGGGAUUACCACAGACAGACCUACCGCAUCCUCCGACCACUGACUGAACACGCUCCGAGGCUGCGGGCUCGAAAACUUCUCCAAGCCGUCGAGGAAAGAGGUUUUCUUUUUUUUGUUGUUGUUUUAUUUUUUUCUCUUCUUUUUCUUCUGUUCUUGGAUCAUUGGAUAACAUCUCCCUGGACGGGGCGCUUUUUAUGAAUCUCUGUCUAAUGACGAGCUCAAACGUGGAUUUACUGGAAGUAAAAUCAACCUAAUGUAUAGAUUAAAGAAACGGAGGAACGACAGAAAUUGAGAGAGAGGGAGCUCUGUUGGAUUUGGGUACCAUCAGUUACAUUUCUGGAACGGAGGAGAGAUUUUCGUGAUCUUAUUUAUUAAUUUCAUUUUGGAGGUGGUGGGUAAAUCACUGGCCAAUUCUCUCUCUCUCUCUUUCUCUCUCUCUCUCUCUCUCUCUCUCUCCCCCCCAUCCACCGACCCCCACCACCACCCUACGGUUUGCCUUUUAGGUGUGAAAUCUAUCUUAUCAGAGAGAGACUCCGAACCCCCUUUUGGUCCCCCGCAUGACAUGGUUCAGUCCAGCUGUGAGAUCCGAGCCUCCUCCAUGCAUUGGGAUUUUUCUCAGCUCCGACACCGAGUGAAUCUCCCUUUUCUGAGCAUCUGAGAACUCAUCGUGCCUGCCAGAAAAAAAAGAAAAAGAGAGAGAGAGUGUGUGAGAGAGCCCCUGCCAUGACCGCCACUUCAAAUCGGGAUCGGGACGGAGCACCGGGACUUGGAAGGAGAGCGGAAUCCGUACGCAGAAAGGGAGAUGAUGGCAUUGGGAUUUUAGUAGCUCCGAUGAAAGCUGGAGCUCAGGCGCGCUGUUGUCGGAGCCGGGUGCUGGUCUUCUACGUGGGGCUGCUGAUGCUGGUCGCAACAGUUGAGGCUCAGAACUGCAGUUAUACUCUACACAGUCCCAAUGGGACGAUAGAGAGUCCUGGAUACCCUUACGGUUAUCCAAACUAUGCCAACUGUACGUGGGUCAUUGUGGGAGCAGAUCAUAACCGGAUACAGCUGGUGUUUCAAGGCUUCGCCCUGGAGGAGGAUUUUGACAUCCUGUCUGUGUAUGAUGGGCCGCCAAGCCCGGGGAACCUGCGAACAAGGUUAACUGGGUUCCAGCUGCCUUCACCUAUUGUGAGUACAGGCUCCAGACUCACCUUGUGGCUGCUAUCUGAUUAUGCUGUCAGCGGGCAGGGAUUUAAAGCAGUUUAUGAAGCUCUGCCCAGUUACACUUGUGGUAAUCCUGGCCAGCUACUGAAUGGCUAUCAACAGGGGUCCACUUUCAAUAUUGGGGAUAAAAUCCGCUACAGCUGUAGCCAUGGCUAUGUGCUGGAGGGUCACACCACACUCUCCUGCCUCGCCACUUCAACUGGGACGGCUGCCUGGGAUUUCCCCCUUCCUUACUGCAGAGCUGAUGAUGGAUGUGGAGGGACACUGCGGGGCCAGAGCGGGGUGAUCACCACCCCCAAUUACCCAGCUGAGUACAACAACAAUGCUGACUGCACCUGGACUGUGCUGGCCGAGCCCGGAGACACCAUCGCCUUGGUUUUCUCUGACUUUCAGUUGGAGGACGACUACGACCUGCUGGAGGUCAGCGGUACAGACGGACCUUCACAGUGGUUUACUGGUCCCAACCUUCCCUCGCCCAUCAUUAGCAGCAAGAACUGGCUUCGACUUCACUUUACGUCAGAUGGCAACCACAGGUUGAGAGGUUUCAGCGCCCAGUACCAGGUGAAAAAGAUGACUGAACUCAAAUCCAGAGGUGUGAAGAUGUUGCCAAGCAAAGACAACCACCACAAGAUAUCAGUGUUGUCCCAAAUGGGUGUAGCUCAAGGACACAACAUGUGUCCAGAUCCUGGGAUUCCAGAUCGGGGAAAAAGAAAAGGCUCUGACUUCAGGCGAGGAGCAACAGUGCACUUUUCCUGCGAUGAGGGUUACGAACUGCAAGGCUCAAAGAGCAUCAGCUGCCUCCGAGUGACAGACAGCUAUGUGGGCUGGAGUGAUGACCGGCCCAUCUGCAGAGCGCCAAUGUGCGGCGGUCAGCUAAAAGGGCCCAGCGGUGUCAUCACGUCUCCUAAUUAUCCCGUUCAGUACGAUAACAAUGCCAACUGCACUUGGAUCAUCACAGCAACUGACACGUCUAAGGUGAUCAAGCUGACAUUUGAGGAUUUUGACCUGGAGAGAGGUUACGACACGUUGACGGUGGGAGACGGCGAGCUCGUGGGGGACCAGAAGACCAUUUUCCACGUCUUGUCUGGUACGACGACGCCAGACCUGGUGGUGAGCACCAGUCACCAGAUGUGGCUGAACUUCAAAACGGAUGACACCAGUGGCUCCCUUGGAUUUAAAGUCACUUUUGAGGAGAUCGACCAGGGCAGUUGCGGGGAUCCUGGAAUUCCGGCCUACGGCAAACGGGAAGGGACAGGCUUUCGUCACGGGGACAGGUUGUACUUUGAGUGUCUGCCUGCCUUCGAGCUCGUGGGAAAGAAGAACAUCACCUGUCAGAAGAACAAUCAGUGGUCUGCCAAGAAACCCAGCUGUGUUUUUUCCUGCUUCUUCAACUUUACUACUCCAUCCGGAGUCCUGCUGUCUCCCAACUACCCUCAGGAAUACGGGAACAACAUGCACUGUGUGUGGCUCAUCAUCACCAACCCCGAGAGCAGAAUCAACCUGGCCUUCAACGACCUUAGCAUGGAGAAACAGUUUGACUUCCUCUCCAUUAAGGACGGCGGAAAGGCCGAAUCUCCCAUUCUGGGCACCUUCUCUGGAGACGCUCCGCCUCCCCCCAUAACAACAAGCGGUCACGUGGCCCGACUUGAAUUCCUGACAGACCACACGUACACGGACAGAGGCUUCAAUAUCACUUUUACAACUUUUCGCCACAACGAAUGCCCAGAUCCAGGGGUGCCGGUUAACGGGAAGCGUUUUGGCGAGAGUCUUCAGCUGGGCAGCUCCAUCUCAUUCCUUUGUGAAGAGGGCUUUGUUAAGACCCACGGCUCUCAGACCAUAUCCUGCAUUCUGAAGGAUGGCAACGUCGUGUGGGACAACGCCGUCCCCCGAUGUGAAGCCCCAUGUGGAGGAGAUCUGAAGGCUCCCAGUGGGAUCAUUCUCUCCCCUGGCUGGCCAGAACUGUACAAGGAGGCCCUUAACUGUGAAUGGAUCAUUGAGGCUCCUCCAGGCUAUCCCAUCAAGAUCAUCUUCGACAAGUUUCGAACUGAGGUCAACUAUGACGUUCUCGAGGUGCGGGAUGGCCGAUUUCCCUCCUCACCUCUAAUUGGAAGCUAUCAGGGCACCCAGGUUCCACAGUUCCUCAUCAGCACCUCAAACUUCCUGUACCUCCUCUUUACCACCGACAAGAGUCACUCUGACAUCGGCUUCCGCAUACGUUACGAGACCCUGCAGUUGCAGUCGGACCACUGCGUGGAUCCCGGCAUCCCUGUGAACGGGCAGCGGCACGGCAACGACUUCUACGUGGGAGGGUUGGUGACAUUUAGCUGCGACGCUGGCUAUACGCUAAGCGACGCCGAGCCUUUGGAGUGCGAACCUAAUUUCCAGUGGAGUCGCCCCCUGCCUAGCUGUGAUGCGUUGUGCGGCGGUUAUAUCCAGGGCAACACCGGAACCAUCCUUUCGCCCGGCUUUCCCGACUUCUACCCACACAACUUGAACUGCACGUGGACAAUCGAGACCUCCCACGGAAAAGGCGUACAGUUCACCUUCCACACCUUCCACCUCGAGAGUCCCCAUGACCAUCUGCUGGUGACCGAGAACGGCAGUUUUUCUCAGCCCCUCUGGAGACUGACCGGCUCCAUCUUGCCUCCUCCUUUAAGCGCGGGCCUGUUUGGGAACUACACCGCGCAGAUCCGCUUCCUCUCCGACUUCUCUGUUUCGUACGAGGGAUUUAACAUCACGUUCUCAGAGUAUGAUUUGGAGCCCUGUGAGGAUCCUGGAAUCCCUCCAUACAGCACCAGAAAGGGUCUCCAGUAUGGAGUCGGCGAUGCCCUCAUCUUUUCCUGUUUCCCCGGUUACCGGUUAGAGGGUCCGGCGAGGGUGGUGUGCUUAGGGGGCAGGAGGAGGGUGUGGAGCUCCCCUCUGCCAAGGUGUGUUGCUGAAUGCGGCUCAUCCGUGACUGGCAUGCAAGGGGUGCUCCUCUCUCCCAACUACCCUGGUUACUACGGCAACAACCACGAAUGCAUCUACUCUAUCCAGACACAGCCUGGCAAAGGCAUUCAGCUGAGAGCACGGGACUUUCGGCUGGAGGACGACGACGUUCUCAAAGUUUUUGAUGGCAGCAGUAAUAAGGCUCGUCUCCUGGGGCUGUUUACAGGAAACGAGCUACUAGACGUAACCUUGAACUCCACCUCCAGCUCCAUGUGGCUGGAGUUCAUCAGCAAUGCUGACAACACCAGUAAAGGCUUUGAGCUGCACUUCACUAUUUCCGUUCUGCUUUUAGCGGAGUGUGGGGGCACCAUGAAGGAGGAGCCUUCCGGUCGUAUUCUGUCUCCAGGAUACCCGGCUCCUUAUGAGCACAACUUGCACUGUGUUUGGACCAUCGAAGCUGCCCCAGGAAGCACCAUCAGUCUGCAUUUUCUGGUCUUCCACACGGAGGAGGUCCACGAUGUGCUUCGGAUCUGGGACGGUCCGCAGGACGGGGGAGUCCUGCUGAGGGAGCUGAGUGGGUCGGCGUUGCCCCCGGACGCUCACAGUACCUUUAACACGAUCACUUUGCAGUUCACCACGGACUUUUUUACCAGCAAGCAAGGCUUUGCUUUGCAGUUUUCUGUCUCCACGGCGACCUCCUGCAAUGACCCGGGCAUGCCCACUAACGGUACCCGCGGUGGCGACAGCCGGGAGCCCGGGGACCAUGUGGUGUUCCAGUGUGAUCCCGGCUACAUCCUGCAGGGGGCCACCAGAAUCACGUGCACAGAGAUCAAUGGUCGCUUCUUCUGGCAGCCAGACCCCCCAACAUGCACAGCUCCGUGUGGUGGGAACCUAACCGGUCCAAGUGGGCUGAUUCUGUCUCCAGACUAUCCUGAACCUUACCCACAUGGAAGAGAGUGUGACUGGAGAGUUACCGUCACACCGGACUAUGUCAUUUCGCUCAGCUUUAACCAUUUCAGCCUGGAACCCAGUUAUGACUUCUUGCAUAUCUAUGAUGGGCCAGACUCCCUGAGCCCCUUGUUGGGUAGUUUCUAUGGCACCGAUGUUCCAGAUCGCAUUGAGAGCAGCUCCAACACGCUCUUCAUGGCAUUCCGCAGCGACGCCUCCCUCAGCAGCAACGGAUUUGUGCUGCAGUAUACAGAAAACCCCAGGGAAUCUUGCUUCGAACCUGGCCUGGUUCGUAACGGGACACGGGUGGGCACCGAUCUCAAGCUGGGCUCCACUGUCACCUACCACUGCGACAGCGGCUACACGCUGGAGGGAGACCCGACGCUCACUUGCAUCAUGGGGGGGGAUGGCAAGCCGAGCUGGAAUAAGCCCAAACCCAUCUGCAUGGCGCCAUGUGGUGGACAGUACUCCGGAUUAGAUGGAGUAGUCUUGUCCCCCGGUUUCCCUGGCAACUAUACCAGUUCUCGAACCUGUCUGUACUCUGUAGUCGUGCCCAAGGAUUAUGUGGUGUUCAGCCAGUUCGCCUUCUUCCAGACUGCUCUGAAUGACAUAGUGGAGGUUUAUGAUGGACCAACACAACAUUCCCGGGUUUUGAGCUCACUUUCUGGAGCGCACACAGGUGAGUCGUUGCCGUUAGCGACCUCCAAUCAAAUCCUGAUCCGCUUUACAGCCAAAGGCCAAUCCAGCUCCAGAGGAUUCCAUCUGGUCUACCAGGCGGUGCCAAGGACCAGCGCCACCCAAUGCAGUUCAGUCCCUGAGCCACGAAACGGUCGGCGCAUGGGCAACAACUUUGCCGUUGGCGCAGUGGUCCGCUUUGAGUGCAGCCCUGGCUACGUCCUGGAGGGAUCGAGUGCCAUUGAAUGCUUAACAGUCCCCAAUGCCCUGGCACAAUGGAACAGCUCCAUACCCAGCUGCAUCGUUCCAUGCGGAGGUAAUCUGACCCAUCGAACUGGCACCAUCUUAUCUCCAGGCUACCCUGAACCUUACCUCAACAGUCUGAACUGUGUGUGGAAGAUUACUGUUCCUGAAGGAUCAGGGAUCCAGAUCCAAGUAAUCAGCUUCGUCACGGAGCAGAACUGGGACUCACUGGAGGUCUUUGAUGGAGGCGACAACACUGACACACUCCUCGGCAGCUUCUCAGGUACAACGGUCCCCGCUCUCCUCAACAGCACCUCAAACCAACUCUACCUUCACUUCUUCUCCGAUAUUAGCGUGUCCGCUGCCGGAUUCAGGCUGGAAUACAAAACUGUCUCUCUGACCAGCUGCCCAGAUCCUGUAGUUCCCAUGAAUGGCAUCAAGAUAGGGGAGCGUCUUCAGAUGAAUAAUGUGGUGUCUUUUCACUGUGAACCCGGCUAUACUCUCCAGGGGAAUUCUCACAUCACCUGCAUGCCUGGAACCGUCAGACGGUGGAACUAUCCUCCUCCUCUCUGUAUUGCACAAUGUGGUGGAAUCCGGGAGGAGAUGGAGGGAAUGAUUCUCAGUCCUGGUUUCCCUGGCAACUACCCUAGCAACAGUGAUUGCACCUGGAGAAUAUACCUGCCAGUCGGUUACGGAGCCCACAUACAGUUCCUUAACUUCUCAACGGAGGCCAACCACGACUUCCUAGAGAUACGGAACGGGCCUCUAGAUACCAGUGCUGUGAUUGGUCGAUUCAGCGGCCAGGACGUCCCGUCACCUCUUCUCACUACCUCCCACGAGACCACAGUUUAUUUCCACAGUGACCACUCACAGAACAAACCAGGUUUCAGGUUCGAGUAUCAAGCAUAUGAGCUACAGGAAUGCCCAGAUCCAGAACCUUUCCGUUAUGGAGUGGUGGUCGGAGCAGGCUAUAACGUGGGACAGUCCAUUUCCUUCGAGUGUCUGCCUGGAUAUCAACUAAUGGGACAUUCCAUCCUCACCUGUGAGCACGGCACCACCCGCAACUGGGACCACCCGUUUCCUUGCUGCGAAGUACCUUGUGGUGGCAACAUCACAUCAGACAACGGGACCAUCUUCUCCCCGGGAUACCCAGAGGAGUACCCAAACUCAGCUGACUGCACCUGGCUCAUUUCAGUGUCUCCUAGCUUUGGAAUCAAACUCAAUUUCACUCUGCUUCAGGUUCAUGGGCCGCAUGACUUCAUAACUGUCUGGGACGGCCCGCAGGAGACAACUCGAAAACUAGGCGUCUUCACGGACGGGGAGCCUAAUGACCCACCCAGUAGCACGUCCAAUCAGGUGCUGAUACGAUUCCGCAGCAACACGGAGAAGGGCGGGUUGUUCCGUAUUGGCUAUCAAGCUUACAGACUUCAGUACUGCCUGCCUCCACCCAUCAUUCCUAAUGCGGAGAUCCUGAUGGCAAGCAAGGAAUUCAAAAUUGGUGAUAUAGUUCGCUACAGAUGUCUCCCAGGAUACCAGUUAAGUGGAAAUAGCAUCCUGACAUGUCGACUAGGAACACACUUAGAGUUUGAAGGCCCCCCACCAUCAUGUGAUGUGACAUGUCCGAUGAAUGAGGUGCUGACGGCGUCCACAGGCGUCAUUAUGAGCCAGUCGCCAGGCACCGGCUUCCCUCAUUUCGAGUCUUGCUCCUGGGUUGUUAAAGUGGAGCCCGGCUACAACAUUACCUUCACUAUCGAACACUUUCAAACCAGCCGCCAGUUUGACGAGCUCGAAGUCUUUGACGGUCCAUCCAGACAGAGCCCGCUGCUCAUUACCCUCAGUGGUAAUUAUUCCAGCCCGCUGAGCAUCACGAGCUCCAGUAACAAAGUCUACCUGCACUGGUCUUUUGAUCACACGACCAGCCACAAAGGCUUCCGCAUCCGUUAUUCAGCGCCCUACUGCAGCCCUCCAAAUAACCCAGUAAAUGGUACAGUGCACAGCCUGACCGGGUCCAAGCUGGGUAGUACUUUACGCUUCAACUGCGACCAGGGCUUUCGACUUAUUGGUCAGACCAGCGCCACAUGCACCCGGACAGCGCAGGGGAUCCAUCAGUGGAAUGCCCCAGUACCUCUUUGUCAAGUCAUGUCCUGUGGAAUGCCUGUUGCCCCCGUCAACGGCAGCAUUGUUGGCCAAGACUUUUCUCUUGGGGCCAGGGUCACUUACCAAUGUAAUCCAGGGUUUCGGCUUGCUGGUCCUCUCACCACCUCAGUGGUCUGUCAAGAAUCUGGGCGGUGGAGCCCCAUCGAGGCCCCUCCAAGAUGCGUUCCGGUCACCUGCGCCGACAUCAGCUACUCUGCUGUGGAGCACGGAAGAUGGAGACUAAUCUACGGCACUCAAAACCAAUACGAUGCUAUAAUGAUGCUCAUAUGUGACCCGGGAUAUUACUACAGGGGUCAAAGGAUAAUUCGCUGCCAAGCAAAUGGCACCUGGAAUUACCCUGAUCCUCGCCCGUUCUGUGACAUUAUUUCCUGUGGAGAUCUUGGCACUCCUCCAAAUGGUCAUAAAAUAGGAACUUUGACUGUAUAUGGAGCCACAGCCAUUUUCUCCUGCAACACAGGAUAUACCCUAGUGGGCUCUCGGGUCCGAGAGUGCAUAUCCAAUGGGCUUUGGAGCGGAACACAAGUUCAAUGUCUAACUGGCCAUUGUGGCACUCCAGACCCAAUAGUCAAUGGGCAAAUAAUUGGGGAGAACUUCAACUUUCGAGGCAGCGUCGUGUACCAAUGUAACCCAGGGUUUCGUCUUAUUGGUGUGUCAGUGCGAAUAUGUGAGCAGGAUCACCGCUGGUCAGGAAACACCCCUGUUUGUGUUCCCAUCACAUGCGGCCACCCUGGAAAUCCUACAUUUGGCACGACCCAAGGAACCCAGUUCAACUUAAAUGAUGUUGUGCGUUUUGUCUGCAAUACUGGAUAUGUUCUGCAUGGGGCUGUUAAAUCUACAUGCCAGGCCAAUGGACAGUGGAACAAUGCUCUCCCAAGGUGUAAAAUUGUAAACUGCACAGAACCCGGCCAUGUAGAGUACAGCAUUAGGCAGGUAUUAUCCAGCGGGCCGCAUCGGUACAGCUUCCAGACCGCGGUGACGUACCGCUGUAACCCUGGCUAUUAUCUGCUGGGAACCAGCUCCAUCUCCUGCCAAGGGGACGGCACCUGGGACCGCUCCUUACCCAAAUGCCUGUUGGUUCUCUGCGACCGUCCCAGCAUGCCUCCCUACGCGCAGAUCUCAGGUGACCGUCGAACAGUGGGCUCGGUCAUCCGCUACAGCUGCAUGGGCCAGCGUAGCAUCGUCGGAAACACCACGAGGAUGUGUCAGCUGGACGGGCAGUGGAGCGGCUCGCCACCCCACUGCUCUGGGGAAUCAAAUGGUCUGUGUGGAGAUCCAGGCGUACCUGUUCACGGCAUUCGUCUUGGAGAUGAAUUUACUGUGAGCAGUGUUGUACGUUUCAGCUGCGAACCGGGUUACAUCCUAAAGGGAUCACCAGAGAGAACAUGUUUUUCCAACGGAACUUGGAUGGGAACACAACCGGAGUGUCAUGUAAUUUCCUGUGGAAACCCAGGAACUCCACGAAAUGCCCAGAUCCUUGUUCACGAUGGACUCACUUUUUCCAGAUCCAUCACUUACAGCUGCAGGGAAGGAUACUACUCUACUGGACUGCUUACCCGACACUGCACUGUGAAUGGGACCUGGACGGGCAACCUGCCAGAGUGCUCAGUAAUCAACUGUGGCGAUCCCGGAGUGCCAGCCAAUGGAGUUAGAUUUGGGAAUGAUUUCACCUACAACCGAACCGUCGCUUUCCAGUGUUCUCCUGGAUACACCAUGGAUGCUGACAGAGCCUCUUCUCUCAUCUGCACCAAGGAUCGGACCUGGAAUGGCACCAAGCCACUCUGUAAAGCAAUUGUUUGUGGUCCACCACCGCUCAUCCCAAAUGGACAGGUUGUGGGUUCAGACCUAACCUGGGGCUCCAGCAUAAGUUACUCCUGCAACCAAGGCUAUCAGCUGUCCCUGCCCACUGUGUUAACAUGCCAGGGCAACGGCAACUGGAGCGGCGAGAAACCACAGUGUUUCCCUGUAUUCUGUGGAGACCCAGGAAUGCCAGAUCAAGGCAGAAGGGAGGACCGCGGUUUCACCUAUCUUUCAUCUGUCUCGUUCUCUUGCAAUCCUCCCCUCAUCUUGGUUGGCUCGGCCAGGAGGUACUGCCAGUAUGAUGGCACUUGGAGCGGCACACAACCCUCCUGCAUAGAUCCAAGUCACACAACCUGUGGUGACCCUGGCAUUCCACUCUUUGGAAAUCAGAACAACAGCCAAGGCUACCAGAUUGGCAGCACUGUGUUCUUUAACUGCAGAAAGGGCUACUUACUGCAGGGCUCUAUUUCACGCACAUGUCUGCCCAACCUGACCUGGAGUGGAUUUCAACCGGAGUGCAUCUCCCACCACUGCAGCCAGCCAGAGCUACCUGCUCAGUCUGAUGUUCGAGCCAUUGAACUUCCAUCUCUUGGCUACACACUGAUCUAUACAUGUCAGCCUGGCUUCUACUUGGCUGGGGGUUCAGAACACAGAACCUGCAGGUCCGACGGUAGCUGGUCGGGGAAACCACCACUGUGUGCAGCUGAUAAUCGGCCAAGUGGUAGAAUCCCAGUGGGGACUGUACAGGAGCCUCCAUCUAAACUGCCAGUCCCCGGUGGUGUGUUUGCUAAAAACUCCCUCUGGAGGGGUUCCUAUGAGUACCUGGGAAAGAAGCAGCCAGCCAUGCUUAGCAUCACUGCCUUUGAACCUUUUAGCAACCGAGUUAAUGGGACACUGAUCGACCACAGCGGGGUUGAGCUUAAAUUAGCAGGAACGUAUAAGAGGGAGGAAGCCCAACUGCUUCUACAAGUUCACCAGAUCAGAGGUCCUGUGGAGAUCUUUGUGAACAAGUUUAAAAUAGACAACUGGGCCCUGGACGGACAUGUGUCCUACAUCUCCUCGUCCAAUGCUUUUGUGUACCAGGGAUUUGUCAGAGGAAAAGGCUUUGGCCAAUUUGGUCUCCAAAGAUUGGAGAGCUUAGAUCCCAGUAGAGCCAACCCUGGCUACAACUUUGCCUCCAACAGCAGUUCAGUGGCAGCUGCCAUUCUAGUGCCUUUUAUAGCAAUGAUCAUUGCAGGCUUCGCUCUUUAUCUCUAUAAACACAGAAGAAGACCCAAAGUUCCCUUCAACGGUUACGUGGGCCAUGAGAACACAAACGGUCGGGCUACGUUCGAGAACCCCAUGUACGACCGUAACAUCCAACCCACUGACAUCAUGGCCAACGAGACAGAGUUCACAGUCAGCACAGUGUGCACCGCUGUAUAGCAACACCAUCCUUCAGAGUCAGUCGAAGGAAGGAAAGAUGCGCCACAACCUCCGCUGGCUGCCGGCAGAGGACACCUGUAAUUCCUUGUGCAGAUGGCGAGAAAAAGAUUAUUUUAUUUGCUGAAAUACCUUCAAGUAACAUCUCCAGUCGAGGAGCCUCGCACCUGCAGGAAACAAGAAAAAAAGAGACUAAUAUGAGAGCGACAACUUUUUUUGUUUUUUUUUUAUCAAAAAGGUCAACGUGAAACAGCUCUCUGUAACUUUACAUGGUUUCUUGAUCAUGUUCCAUAUUCUAAGGAAAAAGCUUCCGUCUGAACCUGCAGCCGGCAGGAGUACUGCUGGAGGCAAAGCUGUGAUGACUUUUCUCACCGCCCUUCGCCUAAACCCAAAGGGAAGUUUGUGUAAGUCAUAAAAUGUACCUGUAGCUUACAAAAAAAAAAAACUCUGUGCACUGUGUGGUGGGCAGCCACGUGUCGGUCGGUGUGUGUGAGGCUAAGAGAAACUGUCUGAACUGUUGAAAUUCAUCCGUUCCGUUUUCAAUUUGUAUUUUGUUUUUACCGUUUGUUUUUUUUUUCUUUGUUUCUUUCUUGUGUUUUAUGCUGCCAGCUUUCUCAGAUGAGUAAUUGGGAACGCCGUUAUCUGUCAGAUCUCUGCUAUUUGAGGCUGUCAAAAGGUUCCAUGGAAAGGCUGCAGGGUUUAAAGAUGUAGUUUUCAAUUCCUUGUCGAAAACAUACUCUUAUCAUUACUAUGUGUGCUUUUCCUCCUAUUUUUCUUUUCCUGCAGCUGAGGAAAAGCUUAAAAGGUUGCUAGGUGGUUGGAAAAAACAGUAGAGAGUAGAGCGCCUGUGUGACUGCUAUAGGAGGACAGAGUGUCUGUGUUGCGUAGAUGUGUACUUAUUUGUGGUUUUAACCAAAAACGUGAUGGUUUUUGUUGUUUUGACAGCAUUUCAUUUGGUUUUAGGAAGGCUAACGAUCAGAAAGAAACGGUGCAUGAAUCUAACCCAUCAAGUGAAGGUAGAGUGAAACAAAAGAACUGAGAAUCUAAUGUUCAGUCAGCAGCAGCGUUUACUUUUCUAUUUUUAGUUUGUUCCUGGUUCAAACACAAUGUUGUGUCUGAAGACUAAUUAGAUGUCAAACAAACCGAAGUUAUCUUGAGAAGUCAAAGAUGAUCCGUCUCUCAAAUGGGGGACAGAAUGUGUGGUGCAUUUUCAUGGACAUAAGUCUUUUAGGGACAUUACAUCUUUAAUUUUUCAUUCACAUCCACAUCUCAGGGCGAAGCUGCAGCAUCAACUCAUGGCUCAUUCUGCUAUGAAUAGUGGAUUUCAGAAGUACAAAAAAUUACUUCCAACUUUUUUCUUUAAAGCCGAGAUCAGAUUCAGAUUAUUUUCUGUCAUAAAUUUGGCACUAUUUGUGUUUAUGAAUAAAGGGAUAGUUUUUAGGCAAAAUUCUGGGGAAAAUGUGUUUGGCAUUAUUAGCUCAUUUAUCUGUAGUAAGUUUUUACAGACGUGAGGAAACUAUUAGCACAGUAAAUUGCUAAGAACUAGUAAAAAGGGAGCCCUAUUUGGCUGAUUUUGGCAAUUCAUUUAUUUUUUUUAUCCAUUGCAUAUAGCACAUUAUUAGCAGAUAUCAAAAAGCUACACUUUCACAAAUGUCACUGCACAAGAGCUUUGAGAGUUGAAGAACUUCCUUUAAGCUGAACUAAUGUUGUACUGCGACACGCUGCCGGCUGUAUUGAUCCAUUUCAUCAGCUAUGAUUGGUCAGCCUGCUGUACCAUGGGGGCAGUAAACGUUUGGAUUAUUCAACAGGCUGUCGUUUCUCCAAAGGCAUGAAGGUGGUAUGCUCAUAUGUUCUGUUUGGAAAUUACCCUGCGGACUCACAACCAUCUGAAUAGCUGGUAUUUUCCACCGACCCAACUUUAGCAACACAGAAAUUGUUUGACUGAGAAAUCGGCAACAACGAUGGGGUGUGUUGCCACCAGCCUUGUGUAGUUCUCUUUAAUUGAACUCCAUUUCAUUUGCCUAUAAAUUCCAUUUCGUUUGGAGAGGUGUGAUCUAAUGCGGUCUAAAAACGUCAAACUCUGGUUCGCCUAAGAUCCUGGGUCUUGGUUUGUUUGGUUGAAGUGAACUCUGUCGCGGUUUGAAUGCAUAUGUGGACGCAAGCGGAGCGGAAACUGCUCCAAAAACAGACAGUGGACUAUAGUGCAGUGCAUUCUGGGUAAAUGCAACCAAAACAAGCGUGUCUAACGCUAGAGGUGGAAACGGCUCAUCGUCUUUUACCAAACACAAACGAGAAUUCCUACAACUGCCAAUAUCUGAAGCUACUCCGUUUUUGUUUCAAUUUUGUGAAGGAGGAAGUUGCACUUAGUGUGUUCUUCAGUGUUUUUUGUUUUACUUUUCAUAGUUCAAGGUGCAGCGCCACCACAGGCGAGGGAGUGAACAGGUUUUUCAGAGUUUGGAUCGUUUAACAGAGUGCAGUGUGAAAGCGAACCACACCAGCUGAAAAUGUAAUACAUAUUGCAGUUUUGGUCCCCGAUAGAACAAAGUCUCUCAGUCUAUCAGUAGUGAAAUCUCUCUAAUCUGUCUUAUAAAAGUUUAGCUGGGUUACAUGCACUCAUAUGGUGUUUUCUCUAGCAGAUAUAUUAAAUUGCUUAAAUCAGCUAAAAUGGGGGUUCCACCUGUUUAUUCCUUCACCUUUCCACAAUUUUGUUGCAACAUUUAAUCUUCCACUAGACAUGAGCGAACUAAUUGUGAAAAACACUUUACAGAUCCUCCACUGUUCCUUUUGAGAUCCAAUAGUAGCUCCUCACACCUGGCCUUCGGAAAAGCAAGAGCAAAAUGCGAAAUUUGUUCAAGAUGUUCAAAUGAAGGCGUCAGAGUUUGAAGAGCGGAUGAGUCAUCGUGGCGUUCCCUGUGGAUUUACGCUCGGGUCUUUUCCCUCCAAGUUAACUUCUGACAGCCCCAUCCUUUUAAAGAAGAAGAGUGUUUCAAUUGUUUUGUUUUCUGCUCAUCAUAAAAACGUUGAAGGCUGCGUGCCUGGAGGCUGUGACAGCGGGGGAGUCACUGGCAUACUGAUUACUGCCGUGCAUUAAAUUGGAAAUGAUAAAUGUGAUAUAGGGAAAAAAUUGUUUAUGCCUUUAAUGCUAACAUUCUUUAUCUGGCACUGCUGGGGGAGAAAAUUACAGAAAAUAUAGUUUGUUUUUUUGUUUGUUUGUUUUUUUUUUAUUUGUAGAGUGCAGCACACAGCAGAAAUGUCAUCAAAUAUAUCUGAGGGAAUCUGCUUUGUGUGUUCCGGUCUGACGAGAGUUUUAUGUAGACCCGUUAGACCUGAUGAUGCUCAGUGGGGUGAAUAUUGGUUGAAUUUCCUUCAAGGAAGAUCGCUUCCUUCUAAUUUUGUGUUCCAACUCGGAAACCAUUAAACUGGUAAUAUUCUUGACCACAUAUGAAUUUACAGAAUAGGGUAUCGAAGCACUUAAAAAGCAGAAUGAAACAUCUACACCAAUUUUUUUUUUCUUUUCUUUUUCUGGGCAUUGUUACACAUAAAGAAAAUUAAACAACAAAAAAAAAAUCACACAUACCGCUUUUUUUUUUUUUCCUAGAAAUCAAGUUUCUUGAAACCAAUCAUUGCAUUGUUCCCUCAGUCAUUUUCACUGUGCUUCAGUAAUUGCUUUGACAAUUUUAUAACUUUUAAGACUCUCGUUUAUCUCGACCGUUCCAGUGGAAUAUUUGGCCGUUUUCCUCCUCCGGAGUUUGAGCGAUAGGAAAGGAAGUGAUUGAAUUACCCUGGAGAUUUCACGGAAAGACGAGCGGUUACACUCAUAUAAUCCUGAAGACUCCCUGUGCUGAAUUCUCAUAGUUUCGUGCAGCAGUUGCAUGGUGCAUUACGUUUACUUUGGCUCCGAAGCCGCUCUCAAACAUCUCGGCGGAAAUUAUGGCUUUAUUACAUAUCUGUUCGGGGCACUUUGGGGGCGAGCCUUUCCCCUCAAUUUGCUCUACAAUGGCAACUUCUUACACAUUUCUUUAAAGCGGCUGAACUGAUUUAGGUAACUGUAUUAUCACUGCUAAUUUCCCUACAUGAAGUCGAAUCUGUUUUAGGCGUAUGAUUCAACAAAUACGACCUGAAGAUUAUCUCAUAUGAACAAUUGUAUUGAGCGGCUCAUUCUAAGAAAAUUAGGAAAAUGGUCAUGAAAAUGGCAACAUUUUUACUCCUUUCAUGAUUUUUAUCUGCUCCAGUCUUCAAUAAGCACUUUAUGUUCAUUACAGUGCCUUGUCGUGACUCAGAUGAUCACUCUUCAGCUUGUGCGGUUCUUUGUGGUCAAUAAAUUUUAACCGUCCUCACUACAGUUUUGGGGUCAACUUAUCAUCUUCAGAUAUUGCAGACUGGAGUCCUUCAGUCACUCCCCGAUUAUCUCUCUGGCUGAGUGGCCCCGACUGAUACAGAAAAACUCCUGAAGAACCUGUAGUUUUUGAUCUUACCGAGAGGGGGUAAAAAAAAAAAAAAAAAAAAUCUCUGAAGAUGUCAGAGUAGAGAUUCAUUUCGCUUUAUUUUCUCUGUACUUUGGUGUGUGAGGAUUAUUAUCCACAAAUAUGUCUGCUUGCCUAAAUAGUUGGUCAAUUUUUAAAGCCACGUUUUCCGUUGAUGGUUUAAAGGCUGCUUUAUAAGGGAAAAAAAAUCCAGUCAUCAAAUAAAAAAACUAAAAAAUUAGUUUAUUGAAAACUAAAAUUAAUAGAAACAAUAUACGGGUAAAUAUGGACAAAUCUUCAUUUUCACUUAAUAUUCAAAUCUGUGGAGGUGUUUCCUUUAGCCCAAAACCUGCUCACUGCACCGCAGUACUAUGGAAAUGGAGAUCAGUGAGUGUCGGAUUGAGCGGUGCUGCAACAGUUAGAACUGAGCCUUCCUUGAUAGCAGCUGGCGAAUUUGUGCUUCUUCUUCUUUUUCUUCCUUUUUUUUGCAUAUUUUAAAUCAGUAGCUCUGUUCAUUCUGGCUCAUUUUUUGUUAUCAGCCCCACACAGCUCUGAGUUCCCCCCCUCCUGCUCACCAUCUCCUCUAUAAUGUAACGCGCCACAGCUAUGGUCUUUUGAGUUCACUGAGUUUCCUCUCAGUCAGGGACCAGACCAAAAGUCUCCCACUUCUCUCUCUGCAGCGAGAGCACUGACUUUCCAGCACAGGCCACACUCUGCAUGUAGUGGGGAAUAAAAACAAGCAAUCCAUCAGUUAUGCUGAGUGACACUUUCUGCAGCAGCUAUCAUUUAUAAUCUCCCAUCUUUCACUGUCACCCCAUAUUGAUGAAUCCAAAAGCUCGGCAGCUUGCCUUUAGCCUUCAGUGAAAACCCACCUUCAUUUCGGUGAAAUGAAAAAUCUUUGAAAUGUUCGCUUAUUUUCUUAAUUCGGUUUAAAA